AUGUUCUUCGCCACCCGCGCAGCCGUCGCCGCCUCGGCCGCCGUCGCCGCCUCGGCCCUCUGCACCCCCCUCCGACCGGAGCUGGGCAUCAGCGUGACGCCCCACGAGCAGUACUCGUCGUCGAUCGGCGCCCUCGGAUGCAAGCUCGACACCAACCGAGUGGCCUACUGGCCGGAGCCCGUCGACUGCGACAACAUCUGCGUCAAGGUGACGCACGGGGACCGCAGCCUGCACCUGCUCAAGGUCGACCAGUCGACCGGCGCCCACGACAUCUCGUACGACGCCUGGAACACGCUCGUCUUUGGCGAGGGCGCCGAGAGCAAGCCGCACACGGGCGGCGGCGUCGCCAUGACGUACCGGACGGUGCCGGCCGACGAGUGCAAGCACCUCUUCGCCGGCGGCAAGCUGUCGCUCUCGGCCGCCAACAGCAUGAACUACGUCGCCCUCUGCCAGAGCCAGCCCGACAGCUGGGUGGCCAAGAACCUUGCGCUGGUCAACAUUUUGGAUCCCCAGUGCAAGUACGGCCACGACGAGGUGUGCACGCUCGACAUGCAGACGAGCAACCAGGCCAAGUGCCCGCACCAGCUCGGGGCCGCCGACCCCCUCAACAGCAGCGUCGUCAACCUGCAGUACGGCACGGGGAAGCAGGUCCCGUCCUAG